GCUCAAGGCAUCUUCCGUCAAAUCAUAGCACCCCUCGUUGUCAUGACUUCGCCCAUUGAAGACAGGAACAUCAUCCUAUUGGGCCUAUCUCAGCAUGGAAAGUCAGCGUACUUGAAUCAGCUCCUGGUGACACAAAAAAGUGCUUCGCCGCAGUGUGCAAUUGGAAAGGGGUAUGAGCGCUGCACAACAGAACCUCAGUUGGUUGAACUCCAUCCCCCGCAAAGGCCAACGCAGAUCUUGGCAACUGAUGCAUUGCCGGAACCGCCAGAGACUCUUUUGUACCAAUGUUUGGCAUCUCUUCAAGGUCAUGCGGAUUUGGCUGAGAAAAAGCCAGAAGGUGAGGCGUUGCUACGAAUGCAGCGCGAAAUGUGGGAGUGGUUGUCCAAGCUUCGGCCAGGCUUGGUUUUGUCGUACAGCGCGAAUGUCAGGUUUUCCCACCCUCUCGUCACCUCGAGCCCUGAGGUCCAGCCUGAAUGCGAUCGAGAUAUCGCCGUUUGCCUCUUCCGCAAGCACGGUCUCACCAAUCUGCUCCCGGAGAGAUCUGUUCUGGCGUGAAGUGAGCAGGAAGAUGCUGUAGGAGGAUCGACGCUUGGGACUGGUGCUCAAGAAGUUGUUGCCUGUUGCCGCUCCUAAUGUAGGCAUUUGGCCCUAAAGAUGGAGGGAUGUGAAAGUUCUUGGACAAAAACACUUGACUUCAAGCUAGCAGCGAAGAAGAGCAAAAGGAGUCUCCUCAUUUUGUUUGAGAUUCUUUCAGAGGUUUGCAUCGAAAGGUCUCAACUUUUCUGAUGCAAGGAAAGGCACGCAUGCAUUGGCAUGCUGUGCUUAAGCAACAGGCUUGGGCAAUUCCAGGGCUCCAAAGUGCAGUUCCCAAGAAUGGUUGUUAAUCCUUCUCCACGGAGGCACACCCUGUUUUUGAAAGGAUUUCCAGGAAGUGAUCUAGUCGCCCGCCACCGUGACCAUGAAACAGUCCGAAGUAGGAAUUGCCGUCCGGAGUAUAUUAGCUUGCAUCACCGAAGGCACCAUCCUGCGCAGGUCACAUCUGGUGGGAGCCCUCCCUGUUUCGGUGUGGCUAGAAGCCUACAAGGGCGACUCACCCAUGAACAAAGGACCUAUACUCAGCACAGAUUGCAAACACCUGAUUCACAAAAAGACCUACGGAUGUGCACCACUGCUUGGGUCAUAGAUGGAACACGGAACAUGAGUUUGCUUCUCAAAAUCAGAGCCAAACCAUGUCAUUUUGAGACCACCCAUAUGUGUACAUGGACAGUAUACUUUUUUAAUCUAUUUGGUUUGUAAACCAUGACUUCGAGUCCGCUUCAGUCCCACGUGUAUAUGUACGAAGUCUUCUGCGCGCGGGAUCCGUCGUGCGUCGCUGUGCGUUUGGGUGUACCACCGUGAGGGAACAGCUGAAGCUGGAGAGGGAUCCUCGGAGCACCAUCGCUGUCUUGAGUAUUGUCCGAGAGGUGGGCGAGAACGAGGAACUCUUUGGGCAGUGUGUGAUCAAUGUGGAGGAGAAUCAACUCUAUGAGGAGGUCCACCACCUGAAGCUUCUUGACGCAGGAGGCCAGCCGACCGAGGCGGAGGUGAGGUUAAGACUGGCGCGACCAAUGCCGCCCGGGCAUCGGGAUGCCAUCGAUUCUUAGUUAUCCUGACAGAUGGCUUUGGGGACCUCAAAGGACCCCAGAUGCGAGCACAUGCUUUUGGACCUAGAGGUGGGCUAGGUCUUGCUGGGUGUAGCGAGCCCAGUCCUGAAUGAUCAGCAACGAGGAGAUGGCUUGCUAGAAAGCCACAACCACGAAGGCGGUGGAGGGCCCCCCUUGGUCAGCGUGGUCCUCCAUCCAAAUGCCGCGGCUUUGGAGGGUCGGUGGCGCUGAAAGGAGAUCCAAUCGUUUGGUCCACCAUCGGGGUCACUGAGCACUGAAGACAGAGGAAGGGAGGUUGGCAGCCCGCGCAGCCUUGCUGUGCAUGAGUUGGUGCAAUCC